UGAUAAUAACAAGUGCAAUUUUGUUCUAUCUUGCACGAAACGAUGGAAAUCAGUUGUAAACGAGAUGUGGUUUAUUCUGGUGCCAAUAGCGGUAGUAAUAUGUUUUUACUGGUUUCAUAUCAAAUAUUCAUACUGGAAACUGAGAGGCGUACCUGGACCAGAUCCCAUAUUCAUAGCAGGAAAUGUGAUGCCUACUAUACUUAGGCAGAAAUCUUUGGGAGAAAUCGUUACUUCGUUGUACAGAAAGUACGACGGUCACGUCGUUGGUUUCUACAGGCUGCUAAGACCAUGCCUGAUAGUAAAAGAUUUAGAUAUCGCAAAAACAAUAAUUGUCAAGGAAUUUGGCAGCUUCCACGAUAAUGAGUUCUACAUCGGCUUAGAAUCGGAUGCUGCUUUUGGGGGAAACCCUUUCACAUUGAAAGGAGAAGAGUGGAAGGAGAAGAGAUCUUACAUAACCGGUUCCUUCACAACCGGAAAGGUGAAAACCAUGUUUAGCAACAUAAAGGACGGGGCGCAGAACUUGUCAUGUUAUUUGGGAAAAUUAACAGAACGUGGCUCCAAGAUGCUGGAAGCCAAGGAGCUUUGCUGCUUAUAUACCUUAGAAACAGUAUUCUCUUGUGCAUACACUGUCGAAGCUCGUGUAUUCGAGAAUCCCGAUUCACCUUUCUUUGAAAUGGGCCAGAAGCUGUACUAUUCAGAGUAUUUGGCGACCUUCAAAUUCUUUUUGUCUAUAAUCUUUCCAAAAAUUUCAAAAUUUAUAGGAGUGCGUUUUACAAAUAAACACACGGAGUCACAGUUAUUUGAUGUCAUUCGAGCAUCCCUUGAGUACAGGGAUAAAAAUAAUGUUGAUAUCAAAGACUUUUUGACGACUAUAGCAUCAUUAAGAGAAAAGUAUACUGAAAAGGAAAUCCUUGCAUUAGCUGCAGCUUUCUAUCUGGAUGGUCAAGAAACCACUGGCUUGGUUAUGGGUCACUUCCUCUACGAACUAGCUGCAAACCCCGAGACCCAGGAGAACUUAAGGAAAGAGAUUAAUGAUUACUUUGAGAAAGACGGAGGUCAAUUGAGCUAUGAAAGUCUGCAAGAAAUGCCAUACCUUGAUGCCUGCUUCAAAGAAAACUUACGACUUCACUCAAUCCUGCACUACCUCCCACGAAUAUGUACAAAAACUUUUACCUACACAUUCCCAAAUGGAAACCAUCCUCCACUAACUAUUGAAAAAGGAACACCUGUCAUGAUUCCCUUAUAUGGAAUCCAUUACGAUCCAAAGUACUAUGAAGAUCCAUACACAUUUAAACCAGAGAGGUUCUUAGACAGGGAUAGUUCUAAAAAACAGCCCUUUUUUGGAUUUGGUGAUGGGCCCCGAGCAUGUCUAGGACGGCGCUUUGGAAUUGCACAGGUGAAAACAGGUGUUGUACAUUUGAUAAAGGAUUUUGAGGUGUCUGUAAACUCAAAAACACGGCUACCCCUGAAGACAGAUGCCUGGGACUUUUUGGUAGUGUCAGUUGAAGGGGUAUGGUUGAAUUUCAAGAAACUGACCUAACAACAGCAAUACCCUCUUUUAAUCUGGAAGAAACUCUUUGAAACUGAACUGGUCUUCAACAGCAUAAGGCAGCGGCUGCAAGAGAUUUACACUUUAAUUGUAUAGCUGUUAUCUGUAGCUCUUAUACAACCUCUUAAAUGACUGAAGUGUCCUAUUAGGUGUGCCCAUUUCGCUUCUACAGCUGUUCUAAGAGCGUUUUGCCAAUGCUCUUACAGCAUACAAUGCUGUGAAAGGAAUACUGUAAAAUCAUUCUUGCAACUCUAAUAGGAGUAAUAAUAAUUAUAAUUGUUGGAGAUAAUAUACCAUAUAUCAUAUCGAUCCGUUUAUAUAAGGAACUGUGAUUGAGCUAUACUAUAGCGAUAUAGUCAAAUUCAUGCAUGGUGGUAUGGUUACCCUAUUGGUGGUGUUAGAUUACACCAAGACAUUUAACAUGCUUAACCAUGAAAUCUUAUGUGAAAGGUAACAUGAUGGUUUGUCUGGUAAUGCCUUGCUGUAGUUUAUUAACUACCUCGCGGUCAGGUUUGGCCCUGCACUGGGGCGCACAAUGAUAUAUGACAUAAUAUCCACAUGUAAUUUCUGGUGUUCCGUAAGCCAAAUUUUUUUAAUUAAUUGAUUUUCGAAUUAAAUAUUAAUCUAGAAAUGUAAAAUGUAAGCUAUUCCAAAAUUUAUUGUUUGAAGCUGAAUCCUUCAAAAACUAAAGCUUGCUGAAUUCGUUCUAGAUUAAAUAUGUAAAAAUUUGAAGAAUUGAUGAGUACAUACAUUGUUUUAGGUGAUACAGCUGUUGCAAUUGUGAAGAAAGUUAAGAAUUUAGAAAUUCUAUUUGACCAAAUCUUAGUUUUGAGAACCAUAUCAUAUCUUUUGUAAAUAUAAGUCACUUUGAGAUACAAAUAUUUUUCAGCCAGUGAUAUAAUUUAAGGCUUAGCAACGCACCAAUCCUCACUCGUCUUGACUAUGCCGCUACAGUAUAACAUAAUUUACUUAGGGAAGAAAUGAAGCACAAUCUGAAAGUAUUGCAAAACUUCAGCACGAUAUCUUGUUUCAAAUAUAUACAUAAGCAAGAAUACGUUACAGGCUAUUAUUUAAGAGAAAACGUUUUAAAAGCCAGGUAUUAUGUAUUACUUCGGUAUGGAACUCUACUGUAUAAAUUAUUAAAAUAUAAUUUACUUAGUUAUCAGUUUAAUUCUUCAUAGAAGAGCUGCUCACUCUGCCAAAGUUCAAAAAUGCCCUACUUACACAGCACCACGUCUGAUGUACCAGCUUUUUAACGCACCUUCCAUCCAGAGCUUCAGAAAUGAGGUGUGAAAAGUGCUACUGCAGCUACAAAGAUUUGAAACCAUAAAUUAAACAUAAUAGCGGUUGCUACACAAUCUCCCAUGCAGACCAAAUCGAAUAAACUAUAGAAAAUUAAGAAAGUAAGAAGAUAGGGAUAAAAUACGGAGUUGUAAAAUUCUUAUAAUAUCCAUAUUGCUGAAAACCGUUCAUCGCUUUGGGCUUAUCGCAUCGCACCAUUACCGCUUGCUAGCUUGACCGCAUACUGCUUCCGCUUUAACCGUUGCUUUUUAACCGCUUUUGAUUCCGUUCGAUCCCGAGUUAACCGAUUGUCCUCCUUCUCCGCUCUAUCGCUAGGGUAGCUAAAGUCAGAUAGGGGUCUCUCUCGUUUGUACAUAUAAUUUGAGAUAUCGAUAUCCCGACCGUGCAUGAAGUGUAUAUAUUUGCCGUUAAUAUACCAGGU